CGGCUGUGAGCUUUCCUGGCUUUCCGCCGGUGCUGCCGAGCGUGGCUGGGCAAGCACUGCGAUCCCAGUGAGGAAAUCCAGCCAGCCCGGUUGCAACAUCCUCCGGAGGAGCUGCGACGCUUACGGGAUGCUUUUGGGCACCUUUCUGAAGUGUGUGGCAUGACAGAGCUCCACGAAGCUGUGGCUGUGGGGGACUACGACCUGGUGCAUGAGAUUUUGAGGACAGGGCGCUGCGACCCGAAUCACAAGGAUGCUGACUGGCACGACAGGACCCCGCUGCACUGGGCUGCUGCAAAAGGGCAAUCGGAGCUGGUCAAGCUCCUUGUGGAUCACGGCGCCCGGCAUUGCCUGCGAACUGAGGUGGGCUGGACUCCAGCUCACUUUGCUGCCGAGGCGGGCAGGCUGGGUGUGCUUCGCACCCUUCAUUCCCUGCACGCUGCCAUGGAUGCGGCCGACCUCUUUGGUGACACUCCCAAGAGGCUUGCGGAAAUCUACGGUCACCAAGACUGCUCCAGGUUCUUAGAAAGAGCAGAGGUGGAGAGCAGAAACUAUCGCAGGACAGCCACAAUGAAAGGAAUCCCAUUAGACCAGGUUGAUGAAGACUGGGAACUCAAGAAAGAAGCACUUAAGAGAAACCCACCAUGUUCGUGGAAGAGCCAUACAUCCAUUGCGCAAAAGAAAAGUCCCCAAAAAAGGGAGAAGCAGUAGUGUGCCCUGCCUAUUUGGUGCCACUGACAACUUGCAGUGCAGAGCGAAAACCGUGGCAGACCUCAGGUGCACCUGCAGGGUGAAAUAUGGGUGAACAGAAGCAGAUGGCCACCAGGA